GUGCGGUUCAACUUUGUGCGCUGCGGAAUCGGGUGGAAUCGGUUUGUUGAUAAGGCUGAAUAUUUAACGUUCUCGCUUAAGUAGUCGAAACUUCGUUGGUAGACGCUGUCCUGUCUCAUCAGACCGGUGCCGAAAUUAAAUAAAUAAUGAGAAAAAAGUGCUAAAAAAAAACAGAAAUAGAACUAAGAAGCUACAUUUUUGGGAGUGCGUCGUCCAUUUUGUCUGCUGUGUGGGAGUUCCUGUGCGUUUUUAUUGUGUUUGCGACUGAGCCCACUUCCGGUUGGGUCAAUCAACAAACAAACUUUCGUAUUGUGGCCAAAAACGCAGGACAAUAAUAGCCCUUAAACUUGCUAAAUCAAACAGAAAACGUAAUAAGAAAAACGCGCGCGCAACAGACGCCACACAUUCCCCGCUCCCUUCGGCGUCAUCUUCUUCGUCUUCGCCUUCGCCUUCUUCUCGAGCGGAAGCAAAACAAAGCGGCCAGGACAACGCAAAAGAGACGAGACGAGAAUAAAGCAAGAAGCGACCCGAAAAGGGAAACGCAUAUGAGUUGAGAGGCAGGAUAUAACCCCCAAAAAAAUGACCAAUCUGCGAAACCAAAAGUCUUAAAACCUAAACUGCUGCUGCAAACCGUAUGACUGAUUUAUCAAGUUGAGCAAACCCUAGCCAGUACCUCCCUAAGAACUUUAUACUAGCUUACAAAAACAGAAUAUAUACACGGAUAUAUAUAUAUAUAUAUAUGAAUGGCAAGGCAAUAAUCUACGAUUCUAUAUAGGACCUAUAACGUAUAAAACUCUAGAAGUGUGACAGUAAAUAGUGUAUACGCGCUGUUGGCCGAACUAAGCCAAAAAAUAUUCAUCCGAUAGACAGUUAGAUAACAGAGAAGAAGUGGGAAAGCAGAGGAGGAUCGGGAGCCAGAGAGAGAGAGAAGAGAGGAAUGCAGCGGUGUCCCUACAUACAUGAGAUGCGUGAAAGACUACUCGACCAGCCAAGGGAGACACUUCAACUGGAGAACAUGGAGCGGGCCAAUCUGCUCGACAACCGCCAAUCGGCAUCCGAAUCCAACCAGGUCGGCACUGUGGUCAAGCUGCAGGGCGAUGGUUAUCACACAAGUCCUGCCCACCAGAGGACUCCACUAGUGCCUCAUGAUCUUGGCGAGGACUUCAAUUUGGAUUUCGACGACGACUUCCCGAUCGACGCCCGACGACCGAAAAAUGCCAACGGCAAGCAUCCAGCGGUUCUGACGCGGCCACAGCAAAGGGUUUGCUACACGUUCAAGCCAAAUCCAAAUAAGUACAGUUUUAUGCCAGCGAAAAUAACGGUACAGGGCACAUAUGAAACAAAUCCGAUAACGGGACCCAUCGAACUAUGGACAUCACUGUUCAUCGUUACCAGUCUGGUGUACGCGAUCCUAUUGAUCGUCGUCUGCAUUGCCUACGUAAUCAGCGAUGUAACCACCCACCGACUGCCGGUUUUGUACUACGAGACAUUCUUCACAUAUCUCUACGGCGUCAGUAUACUCUUCCUCCUCUACGUCUUCUGUUUCCUGCUGCAGGAGAGCUCUUGCUGCAAUGGCGGCAAUGGUGGCAGCAAACCGAAACCACAGCCAAAGGAGAAGAAGUCGAAGAAAGCCAAGAAUGCCGAUCCGGCCGAUUCGAAGGAUGCGAAGGGCUCAAAGGACUCUGGCAAGGCAGCCAAGGGCGCCGCAUAUCAGGAAGCACCCGUGGACGCCGAGGUGGCCGUCACCCCAAAGAAUGUGCGCAAACGCAAGACAACCCACAGUGAUCUGACGCACGGCAGCUUCUUUCUGCGAGUUGGAGCCAUCGCUUUUGGACUUGGAGCCAUGAUCUAUAUUGGCCUGGAGUUUGGAUCGUUCUUCGAAAUACCAUUUGAUUCGCCAUGCCAUCACAUCCUGAUCGGCGUCAAUCCACUGCUCCAGAUGAUCUUCACCUUCAUGCAGAUGUACUUCAUAUUCAUGAAUGCCCGGACUAGGCCGCCAUUUCAGCUGAACAUCCACCGCUUCAAGGUAAUUGCCCGCUUUGGCCUGAUGCACGUGGUGGCCACCAAUAUUUGCGUGUGGAUCCGUACUCUGGUGAAGGAGUCCCUGUUGGAGAUUACGAUUUACCACCAGAAGACCGAACCAGAGGCAGGAGCCUCCUCGAUUGCCCAUUCGAUAAGGCAACAUGCAUUGCGACAUGCCGGAACUGUAUUGAAGACCCAUGCGGGACCCAAUAGCGAAUUCGAGGUCCUGGACGGCGAGGACAUUCUGCCCAAGGAUGUGUACAAGAGCGACAACGUGCUGUCCAAGCUGGUUCGCAAUACCGUCGAUGGUAUUUCGAAGAGCCUGGGCAUGGGUGGUGAUCAGGUGUUAGCCAGCACCACUACCACCACCACCACGACCACAAGGGCGCCGUUCACCACUCCGAAUUACCAAUGGCACAGCACUACUAUGGCCCGCAAGCUGAAGAAGUUUAUCACCAGCGCCACCACAGCGGCCACCACGGCGGCGGGCAGCAGUAGCUCCACCAGCAGUACCACCACCACCACCACCACCAUCUCACCGACCACCACUAGCACCACCAUUCCGUCGACCAUCAGUAGCACCACCAUCUCACCGAGCACCACCUUCAGCCCAUUUAGCACCACCGCCGCCCUGAAUCUCGAGACCAGCGGCAGUGAGUCGUCAUUUGGCGGCCUACAGCGCAUCCUCUCUAGCGCUGCUCCGCCGAGCCUGGCGCCAGUCGAUGGGUUCGGUUCCGCUGCCACGCCCACUCCCGUUUCCGGCUCCUUUGUAGACUCCUUUUUGGCCAGUACCCUAAGCCCGGCCAGCAGCACCGAGGGCUCGGCUAGCAUAAUGAACAAUCUGUUUGGCCAGGGACCCAUGGAGAACAGUUUCCAAACGUACACCGAUCUUGGACACGAAGAGUCCACUGGCCUGGUUAGCUUUGAGAACUUGGAGAGCCUGGACAACAUAUACCCGGCGGCGCUGUCCUCCAAUAUCGGCACACUCAACUCCACCGCCUGCGGACGCAUCGAUAUAAUGGGCACCAUUGUCUACGAUUCGGCGCCCUACCUCUAUCCAUUCAUCAUUGAGUACUCGCUGAUCGGGGCGGUGGUUUUGUAUGUCAUGUGGAAGCACAUCGGCCGCUAUCCGGGGCGGAUGAACGACGAGGAUCUGGAGCACCGACUGGAAGUGAUGCUAUCACGGCGGGCGGUGGCCAUGGCACAGCAGGCGCGAUCCGGACGCGUCGACUGCGUUGGCUCGUCGAAGGGCCUGUUCUUCGGUCUCCUGCUGCUGGUCGGGGCCCUCAUCUGCCUGAUACUCUUCUUCGUCUUGGUGCGCCAUCAGCAGUUCUCGCUGUUGGCCAUUUACCUCGCCGACGCCAGCCACUGCAUCCUGAUGGCCUUCGCCAUUCUGGCCAUUAUAGUGGGAUUCAUCAGAGUCAAGAACCUGAAGUUCCGUUGCGAGGAGCAGUCGAACCUGAACGACAUCUUGCUCCGCAUCUCGGCCUUUGGCCUGUUCACCUACUCCGUGUUCAGCAUCAUUGCCGGCAGCUUGAAGGUCCUGGAGAGUGAGCCCAGCCUGCUGGUAACGACCACCGGUGGUGUGGCCGUCUUCCAGGUGAUCCUGCAGCUGCUGUUCAUCGCGGACGUGUCCCGACGUCGCGUCCAUCUGCCGGAGCACGAUCGUAGCAAGCCGGGCCGCCAGAUUGUCACCUUCCUUCUCAUCUGCAACGUGGCCAUGUUCGCGAUCUACACAUUCGAAGCUCAAAAAGUAUUCGCCAAUCCUGUAAGUAGAUAUGUUCAGCUGGACUUCUACGGUUUCGUACCCUGGUCGAUCAUCCAGCGUAUCACACUGCCCCUGUGCAUCUUCCAUCGAUUCCACAGCGCCGUGACACUCGCCGAGAUCUGGAAGACCACCUACAAGGCACGCCUGGAGUAAGCCGAUGCCUGAGAGCCCGUCGUCUACAUACGAGUAUAUAGGCCGAUGUAAGGGGAUAUGAAAAUGCACCAAAACCAAAAUGUAGCGAGCCCAGAACGCAGACAGAAAUCAAGUGAAGAGUUAGUUUCUAAUUACGUAUUAAACAUAUAUGCAUACUACAUAUAAUAUAUACAUUAAUGCAGAUAUGUAUGAGUAUAUUUUGAUUUUUUUUUUUUUUUUGUUCAAAAAACCAAAGCGAAACGAGAUACGAGAUACGAGAAACGAACGAACCUAUCGGACCAAUCUGCAAGAUUAAUGAUUGCCAGCCGAAAUACGAUUUGCAGGUCGCUUGUUGAUGAUUUUUAUCCAUGAUUUCCUUUUUUACUUUGUUAACUCGUGGAGAACUUAAGAACUUAAGAACUAAGUCAUAGUGUUUACAGUUUUACUCGAAGAAACCGGAAAACCACGGCACAUGUUUUUUCAUCUGAGUUGCGUAUUUAAUUUAAUUUAGUUUAGUUUAGUUUUGCCUCUAACACGCUGCUGCAAUAUCUUGUUACUAAAUCGACGAAAAAAUUACAAGUUAAUAUUAAUUUUAUAAUUGUUUAAACAUUAUCAGCUUCGGCAACCGAACACCAAAACAGAAUCGAUUAAAAAGUUCACAUUACCAAUAAGAAAAUGGAAAUUAUUCUGAAAAAAAAAAACUAUGGUUGUUUGCUUUUCGCGUGCUUUUUGUUUUGCGACUGCAAGCGAGGGAAAUCCCCGUGAAAGUCCCCGGGGAAAGCACACAAAAAAACAGAGACACAUACUCACACACACAAACACACACACACACAUACAAUGUCAUGAAGAACGCGGCCACAGGAAACGGAAACGAAACGGUAACGAUGACGAAACCCGGAAACGGAAACGGAAACGAAAGGACUUUCUCAAUAAAUUCGAUCUGACUUUUCAACCAAUCAAAAACAGCCGAACAACAACAAACUGUGAUGAAUUUAUAUGAUUUUUACUGGUAUAAUUUCCUUCGAUUUUAUGUCCUUUUUCUCGCCAUAGUUUUUAACAUUUAACCGUUAACGUUUUUUCAUUUCUUUCAUUCUCAGCCACAAUUCACUAAACUGAGUCGAGAAAACUUUUGUAAGAAUUUAGUAACAAUGGCGCUAAGACAACUUCAUGGCCAGUUGUAAAAACAAAUUCCCCGAAACACCAUAACUAAAUACAAAACAAAACAUAAAAAAAAAAAACAAAAAAAACAAAGAAAAUUGUGGCAUUUAAUGGCCAAGAAUCCAAAAAAAGGAAAAACAAAAAAAAAAGAACAUUUUUAAUAUACAUUAUAUAAAAGUUUAUAAAUGUCCAUUUUUUGAUUAUUAGUAGUGAUGUUAAAAGAAAAAACAUAAUUAACGCAAAUAAUAAUAAUAUGUAUGUAUGUUAUAGCAGAGAAUCGGAUAAAAGCAAAGAAAUUCUUAAGCAACGCUCGAAAAAACAAAAACCAAAAAAACUUUCCAAGUGAAUCCCCGCAUUUAUAUAUGAAUGGAAAAAUAUUGCUAAAGCGAAAUGAAAAUGAAAAACGAUGAGAAGAGCGAGAGAGAAAAGUGAAGGAAAAAAACCAUUGACAAGCAUCAAAUUGUUUACAAUUUACAAUGUUAAACGAAACGAACAUUUUGAAAGAUAUAUAUGCCACGUAUAUCUAUAAAUAUAUGUAUACUAACCCACCAAAUUCAAAGUAUUUCAACGUUUUAUACAAGGAGACGAUGCGCAAGACAAGAGAUCGGGACAGCCAACGACCUGUCCCCCUCGUAUCCCAAUCACCAAGACCCAUACAACCCCCGCCCGCCCUGAAACCACCUCAACCCAAGUCCCAAGCCCAUUCCAAAGACCAGCUGCAAACCAAAGCUCAAACGUCAGAAAGCAUCAGUUUGCUAAAGACCAAAGAUGAAGAAGAUUAAGACGACGUUCCCGGAGACGAAACGAUAACGAUAGCGAUUGAGUAUCCGAUUAUAAUCUGUAAUCUGUAAUCAUAAUCCAAGUCUACAAGUCUAUAUAAUGCAUGUUAACUGUAGGCGCGGGGAGUUUAAGAAGAAGGCGAAGAAGAAUACGUAUUCAAUACUCGUAAUCCAAUCAAAUGUAAUGUGGUAGCAAGCAUAGGUAAACCAAGCCAAAAAUCGAACAAACCAUAAGUAGUUCAGCACACACACACUCAGUCACUCACACAAGGAUUCCUCGAUCUGGUUAAGGAUCGAAAGGUCCUUUGACCCAUAGGUCAUCCAUCAUAUAUCCAAAGUUUGCGAAUCAAAUUCAGUUUGAAACUUGUACUUGUACUUGCGUAGGCUCUUAGAAAUUGUACUUGAAUGCAAACGCUAAAUCACAUACAUAUAUAUUUAACUAUAUAUAUAUAUAUAUACAUAUAUAUAUAAAUCUAAUUGUUUUUUCCUUAACAUUUAGUUAAACGUAAGAUCGAAUCAUAUUUUAUGCCGUACAGAAACCGAACAGAAAAGUGAGCAGAAAGAAAUAUUUAUUAAAUGUUUCAACUAAGUUGUAUAAUUAUAAGUGAGAGUUUACAUAAUGGAAUUAUGUAUGUAUCUGUAUCUAAGCAAGGAACAAAAGAUAAACACUGACAAAAAAGAAAAAAAAACAUUUGGGAAAGCGUCGAUGAGAAAUGAUGAGUUGGGAAAUUCGAAAAACGUUGAAAUAUUCAGAAAGAAACUUAACGCACAAGAACAAACAAGAUCAACACCAAAGGCAUCUGCUAAAUCCCAUUAAAAGUAAAGUAAAACAAAAUACAUGAACAACUUAUAUACUCGUAAGUAUAUAGACAAUUUCAAUAACUGAUAAAUAUAUAUAUAUAUAUAUACAAAGUGAAAACCAAAAACCAAAAACAAAAAGCGAAAUUUACAUGCAAUUCAAAUACAUUUCCCAUAACCGCAUCAACUUAACAAAAAAAAUCAAGUAAACCAACAAUUACAAACGAAUUAAAAUGGAUAAAACGAUUCGACGGCAAGUGUGUACGAAGAAUGAAUAUUAUAAAUUACAAAUUAUAAAUUAUAAAUUAUGGAUGUGCGAACGCAUAUGCUCAGCCACAAGAUACAACAACAACAACAAAAAUUAAAAACCAAAAAUUGUAAGCCAUUUUUUAAUCAUUGUCGCAUUUAAGGUACGAUAACACAAACGAAUACAAAAAUUUCACAUUUCAUUUUGUUAAAAAAGAAAUACACUCGAAACAAAUAUUCAUUCCACACACACACACACACACCAAAACAUACACUCACAACCACACUGACAUCCGCUCAAUAUUGAGUUCAUUGCAUAACGAAUACAAAUUGAAAUACAAAAAUGAGUAAAAAUUUGAUGGUAAACGAAGUAAAGAUGACAUACAAGUAAUUUUAAAUUGAAUAAAAAUUAGUAUUAAAUAUGUACAACAAA